CAGAAAAUCUGUACGUGUUCUUGACGUUGUCGGUCGCUCGGUUUGGACAAAAUUUUCCGUUUCUCUGUUUUUUCGAUGGUGCAAAAGUGCUGUGCUAUUUGUGCUAUUCUAAAAUAGUGCUGUGUGUCGUUUCUAGUUGUUUUCUUGAAAUUUGCGUUUUUCAUCGUGUCGUUGUCUCGGUGUCUGUCGUUGUAAGAAAAGUUGUCGAAAUCCGGAUGAAAAACAUUAUCGCCUUGGCUCGAUAGGAAAAGGAUUUCGUUGCCACGGGGAAGUGUAGCAAAUUGUAAACUCUGUUUCAGCUAGUGCUCUCGUGUGGAUUUGUGGUGUGUAGUAUUUUCCUUUUCCGGGGGUAAUAUCGGAAAUUCCAGGAAUACACGUGAUCCCGUUGAGGAUUGUACUCUGUAAUCAGCGAUAAGAGUUGAGACUUUUGCUUUGCGUUUGAAACGACGACGUGAUCGUGCGAAGCUGAGAGAGAGAAAAAAUAAAAACCAUAAGAAGUAGAAACUGCUGUGUUCAUAAAUUUUAGGAACUUUCCUUUCGCAUUUUAACCUACCGGUUAGCUUUUGUUUCCGGUUCUAAACGUGAUCGAGGAAUAAAUUUUGGUUUAAGCUCUCUGUCUUUUAGGUGAGAGGUUUAGAAAAAAUUAAACAAAAGGAAAAAAGUGAUAAAAAACGGAAAACUUUAACCCAACAAAGAACAAUAAGUGAGAACAGCAAUUAGAAGUGUUGUGAAGUGUGUUUAUAGAUCAGUGAAGAGGAGGUCCAUUUGUUGUUGUUGUUGUUGUUGUUGUUGUUGUUGUGAGAGGAAGAAAAACAAACAAAUAAACAACAAACACAAUGGCGGCGUUCAUUGCUAAACAAAUGGUGGGCAACCAGCUGAAUGCGGUAAAAGGAGCUGCCGGAGGCGGUGACGGAGGUGACGAUGAGAAUGACAAAGAGAAGGAGGAGGAGGCCGAGCGCGAGCGCCAGGAGGCCAUCCGCGAAGCCGAGGAACGACGGAAGGAGAAACACCGCAAGAUGGAGGAGGAGCGGGAAAAGAUGCGACAGGAAAUCCGGGACAAAUAUAACAUAAAGAAAAAGGAGGAAGUGGUCGAAGCAGCACCACCCCAGGAAGAACCCAACCCGCUGAUGCGGAAAAAGAAAACGCCCGAAGAGCUGGCCGCCGAGGCGGAACAGGAAGAUCUGGACGACUUCACGAAUGGAGACCCGUCAAGCGGUAAUAGAAAAUUGAAGAACACCAUCGAGACGCAGGUGAACGAGAUCAAAACGCAGAUCGAGGGAAAAUGCUCCUUACAGUGAUUAUGCAUCAACCGUAUUCAGCAGUAUAUUCAAUAAUAUUAAACUUAAUUUAAUAAUAAACAGAAGAAAACAGAAAAAUGAAGGAAUGAGAAAACAGCAGAAUGCAAAUAUUAUAGACAAAAAAAAAAAACAAAAUAGUAAUUAUUUAAUGAAGAAAAAAGGUAAAAACAAAAAAGUCAUGAAAACAAGUAAUUAAAAAAAUAUUUAAAUGUAAAGUUUUAAAUUAACCUUCAAAGAGAAAAUAGAGACAGAAAAAAACAUUCCAUUUGAAAGGCAUUGAUCGCACCACCACCACCACCACCACCAAACCACCUUCAACAACCACAACCACAUAGUCACAAUCGACAACCACAACACGACAGAGCGCAAGCGACGGAGAGCGGACAGCAAAACCAAUAGGCGUCGUCGACGAAGCAGAACAAUAGGAACCACCCGCCAUGAUCAGUACACACGUACGUGGGGCGCUCUCAGCUGCUCGAUCCUCGACUGAGAAAAAGAGCGAGCUAAAGAGAAGAAAAAAGCAGAAAAGAGCGAGAGAGGAAAAACUUUGCACUCAUUUACCAGUUCAGUAACCAGAAUCAUCGAAAUCAGUAUCAGUAGCACAUAUACAGAGAAACACAUACAUACAUACAGAGGACAUUUAUUGGAAUAGAUUCAUCAUCAAGAGGAGAAACAAGAAGACGAAAAAAAAAUGCGAAAAAAUAGUAGAUGAACAAAAAAAUAUUGUUAAAUAGGACACCCAGGUGAAUCAACGUUGAUUGAUGGAAAAAAUGUGAUUAUUCAAGUGGAAAACAUUCGAUUGUUCUUCGGGCUGCACGAAAACACCGCGCCACCAAACGACGACUAACAAAUAACCAAACAAGAAAAAAAAAAACAACAACAACAGGGUCCUUUUCGUUUGCCAUAGGUCGGUUUUGUUGUGUAUAGGACAGCAUAAAAACGACAACCGUGUUGUGGCGAAACAAACGCAAAGGUAGCGAAUUCAACGGUGAAAGUGGCAAGCUAACGAUUGGACGAAACGUUGUUGGUGUAACGUAAGUCUAGCGUUAGUUUGACGCUUUGGCAGCUGAAUUGAGGGAAAACCGUCGGUUUAGGCUCAGAUAGGUUUGCAUCAAACUAAAAAUUUUGGAUUUAAGAAUGACGUGAAAACUUAAAACCUGGAAAAACGUUCUGACGAACGUUCGUUCAAGUAUUGUGAUAGGUGACGACAUUUAAAACAAAAUUUGGUAUAGGUGUAAAAGACAGUCAGAAGUCAAACAGAAAACCGACGGUUAAUCCGAAUCAUCGCUGACAGUUAGGACAAAUCGAAUAUUUAGCUUGAAAAUUGUUGACAAUUUGGAAAUAUUAAAACCCAAAAAAAAACACGUUGUAAGUAAAACAAAAUUAAGCCUCUCGAAAGCAAAUCUUAGGUAAAUUACGAACAUUUCAUUUAUUGUCUCGGUGCACUCUCGAGAAAAAAUAACCACGUUGGGCAGAAGCAUUACCCACAGACGCAUCGAUUGUUGUUUGCGAAUUGUUUGACAGUUACGAGUUCUGUUUUAAACCAGAUUUGACAAAAAAAAAGUCUGUUGCAAUGUUCAACGAAGGCACGAUAUAAAGCCAGAUAAGCAAUCGUUCAUCCAAAUUCCUAUUGAGUCUACUGUUAUUCCCUUUUACACAAAUGAUUGUGAAUUUGAUGUCUUUCAAUGAACAAAUUAAGGAAAAAUAAAACCAAAACAAAAAACAGUUUUCCAAGUGCACUUCGAGGAUAUUUGAGGAAACCAAAAUCCCCUUCUAGCGAAUGUCUAACAGCUGUGUAAUGGGUCACAAGUGCACCCCCUAAUGCUUUAAUCGAAUCCUUCCGGAUCUCAAGUCUGUUUAGUAAACUUCGAUGUCGUACUCUUCUUAACCGUCUUCUACUAUGCUGUUUCUGUCAAUGUUGCCAUCGGAGCGGGGAAGCGAAAAUUUGCCGGGGCUUAGUGAUAAAUGAAAACGUGAUAAUAGAUGAUUUGGGAGCACUGCCGAAUUUUCGCUUCCAACCAGCUCUCAAGCCUAUCGACUCAAACAAACUUCUAGCAGUGGAAAUUUCUUUUCCACUUGUCAAAACGCUGGACAAAUCGUUCCCACCAGAUGGCGUUUUCGAAACAUUCAACACAACUAUCACAUUCCUCUACCAGAUUGCAUGGAAACUGGUUCUCAACCAACAAAAAAAAAAUACAAUAACAGACAUUCACCAAACAGGCUGUCUAACAACAAAUCUCCCAAGCUAUUAUGUUUCACCAUACACUCUAUUUAAUGUUUAUGUCGCGCUCAUUGAUGUCGUGUCGCUAGUAGUCAAUGUAUUGAAACCCAUAAGCAACAAUCUACUUGAAACAUGAAAUCAGAAAAGAAGUCAAGCUACGAAAAAAAACAAAACAAUAGUUUUAUCUGUUCCGUAUGAAAACAAACAAUAAAAUGAACCCAAAACAAACAGAAGUGAAAAGCAACACAAUGCAGCUUAUUAAGCAAACCACGCAGUAUGUUUAACUCUCUAUCCUAUCGUUGAAAAAAGAAGAAAAAAAAACAUUGAUUAGUGAAAAGUAAAUAUUGAACGAAAUUAGCAACAAAAAAAACGCAUAAUCUAUAUACAUUCUCCUUCGACCACAUCAACAUACCAACACACACGAACACGAAUUCUCUUCUUUACCGGAAAAAAAGACAACAGUUUCUCAACUUUUAGAAGAACAACAAUCGGCUUCGGAUCUCACUUAAUAGGUUGUAUCUCUACAAGGUAAUCUCGAAAACAGCAAUAACAAUGUCAAGUAUACUUUUUCAACUUCAACUCUAUAUUCUCCGAUCUGAUCGAUUGUUGUUUUCCGAGUCCGAAAAAAUAAAACGGAAAUCGGAAAGCGGCACCCAUCGAUUACGCAACCUUUUUCGCAAGCUGACCUCUACAAUCAGCAGCAAACACUUUCAAAUUGUAUGUUUUUACGUGAAUGCAUUGUUUUGAAGCAAUACAGACAACUGAAACCGACAUUUAGGAACAUACAUUCCACGAAAAAAAAAAUGAAAGAAGCAACCAAAACAAAAACAAACCAAAAAAAUUAAAACAAUUGACAACGUUUGUUUAUAAUUGUUGAAGAGAAUUAAUGAAAAAGUUACACAUUAAAAUAAAACACAAAAAAAAACUGUUGAAAACUCUGUUUUAUUUGUUUCCAAAACAUCAUCAAUUCAUUGUUCAGGCACUCACAUCAGCACCCAUGCUUUCAUGUCACGUCACAUCACCCCCUCGAAAAAAAAAGAAAAAAUUAUAUCAUUCGACUGAGAGUAAAAUCAUCCAAACCCAUUUGGUGUGAUGGUGAAAAUUUGCCACUCAUCAACAAAACAAAACAAGAUCACCAUCACCAUACACGAAAGUCGCGCAAAAUGGGUCAUCACAAACAAAUAACUGAACAUGAGAUAAACAGAAACAUUCGAAAACAAUAUUAAGUGUCAAUUAUAGUAGUUUGGACAGAAAGGUUUGAAGAUGGAAAUUGUUCUAUAUUAAACGUUACCAAUAACAGAAACAAACAAAAACAAAACACAAAUAUUACGCAAUAUGCCUCACACUCAUAAACACUCGUAAAAAGAAAACAACCGAACUAGAAUGACGGUGUCAUCCAGGUUUUAAAUAAAUAUAAGAGUCAACGCGUUUUCAGAUGGCAGCACUGUGCCAGUAGCGUAUGUAAUCCAUAGGAGAAAAAAAAUUCAAAACCAAACACAUACAAUGUAGUAGGCGUUGAGCGAGAUUCAGCUCCUCAUCGAAACGACAUCUAUUCUCAAUAACCAGCAUCAUGUAACACACGUGUUUGAAAGUUGACAAACUUGCUACUAUAUCCAGCUAAAUUUAACGAACCAAAAUCAAAACCUUUCCAAAUCCAAACCCAGCUAUAGAAGUUAAACUGUUUCAAAAUAUCAAAACCAACAAAUCAAGAGCAUUUAUUUACAGUUACAAUCCCCCGUUUUUUUUCUCUUAACAAUCAUCUACGAACUGUGGAAAAAAAUCCGCUUGGUCAAAUCAUUACUAUUUUUGCAACUGUUGAAUCUAUCGAUAAUUUUAAUGCACACCUGUAGUGUAAAAAAUCUAGUUCAAAAUAGAGAAAAAAAAUCUUUCCAUAACACUUCUAACAACUAUAAUUGAAACAAAUUGCAAACUUUCACUCGUAGAAAAACAUAUUCUUUCAAAACUAGAACGAUUUCCUGCCUCGUUAGUUUCCUUACUUUCUGAGUGUCUCAUUAGACACACCUCAAAUCUCUCGCAACAAAUUUCCGUGGCCCCGGAACAGAAGUAAUUACCAACAACCAAAAGAAUUAAUCGAAAGCAAAAAUUAAACAAACGGAUUCCGCGUGCCACAUAUAACAAAAAAAUCCCCUUUCACACUAACACACGCUUAUUUUAGCAGCUACAAAAAUAUAGUUGAGCCGUUAAAUACCAGAAACAAGGAACGAAGAAAAAGAACAAGAACCAAAAUGGUAGGAGAAAAAAGUUUAAGCAAAAGCGAGAAAAAAAUAUGAUAAAACCAUACAUAGUUAAAUAAAUACCGAAUCUGACUUAACUUAAAAAAAAACAAACAAAGCUAGUCGAGAAAGAAUAAACAACAACCAACGCAUCAUACCAAAAAAAAAUAUAAACAAACAAAUAAAUGAAUAACAAUCCAAGCAAGCAACCAACCAACCAAACCAACCGAGAGUGGAAAACAAAGAAA